AAGCGGGUGCUAAGUUCAGGGAUUUGUCGCGUUGUGUAUUGUAUCUUGGAGGCUGUGACAACAAAUCGACUCACCCUGGGGCUUAUCUGUAGCGGAAUGGAAAAUGUCGAAUCUUGGGAAAAAUGACAGACCUUCCCAGUUUCACCAACCAUUAAGAACUAUUGCCACAAGUAACACGAUUCAGAAUUUAUUUUUACGAGAAAAGGCAAAGAUGAAUUCUCCAAUGUCAAAUCUGGCUUUGAACUUGAGUGAACUAAGUACUGGAAGAGGAACCCCCAGAAGAAAGUUGUCUCUGUCCAGUAUAGAAACACCACCAACAUGUGCAUCAGCCAAUCAGGAGCAGGCCAGCUCCUCAGAAUCAGAUUCUCAUUGGUGGACAGGUAGGGAAGGGAUACUCCUGCCAUUGUUUUUACCUGUAGGGGGCAUUCAUUCUUACCUGUUAACCCAAUCUGUGUACACCUGUGUCAUCCUCCAGCAAAUUCUUUUGAACCGAUUUGCCAAAACAGUGAAGCCUGAGAUCCCAGUAGAAGCAUUUACAAG